CCGGGGACCUUCGUCGUGGGUUGCCAUGUUCGAUUGCGGGCUGUGCGGCUCCUCUAAGCCUCAAAUACCGCAGGCUCUCCCCCUCCUCUUUACCUGCCCUGUGCCACUGGAAGAACCCCAGGCGGAGUCCGUGUUUAAUUACGUGUCGCUCAAUUGACCCUAGAUAUGGCUAUUCUCUCCGUUUCAUCAGCUCUUGCGGAAGCAAGGGACAGAUACGUCCAACGGAACCCUGUCUCACGCAAGCUCCAUGAGGAGUCGUACGAGUACAUGCCUGGGGGGAACACAAGGACAAUUCUACAUGUUUCGCCCUUCCCGAUCACGUUUACCUCUGGCAAGGACGCUACGUUGACCUCCGUCGACCACGACACCUACACAGACUUUCUCGGAGAGUACAGUGCAGGCAUCUUCGGCCACUCGAACGUCCGGAUUGCAGAGGCCGUCCGUGAGGGUCUCUCAAAUGGUUGGAAUUAUGGAGGUCAGACAAUUAUGGAAAAAGAGAUGGCCAAGAAGGUCGUGACUCGCUUUCGCCCCAGCGGGAUGGAGAUGGUCCGAUUCACCAACUCUGGUACUGAGUCUAAUACCGUAGCCAUCGCCGCGGCGCUGAACUUCACCAAGCGGCGUAAGAUUUUGGUCUUCAGCAGCGGCUACCAUGGCGGUACGCUUAUCUUCCCAAUGGACCUGAUGAAGAACCCGGCCACAACGAAUGUCAACCUUCCCCACGACUUUGUCUUUGCACCUUACAACAACAUUGGGGAGACCACGGCCACCAUCAAGUCUCUACCCACAGCAAGCCUUGCCGCUAUCAUGGUUGAACCUAUCCAAGGUUCUGGUGGCUGUCGACCAGCCACAAAAGAAUUCCUCCAAUACCUACGCGAAACCGCCGACGCUCAAAAGUGUCUACUUAUCGUGGACGAGGUCAUGGCUUCUAGGCUAGGUCCCAAUGGCUGCAGCGCCACAAUGGGCAUUAAAGCUGAUCUCAUGUCCCUAGGUAAGUAUGUUGGAGGGGGCAUGACUUUCGGGGCCUUCGGUGGGAGGCGCGAUGUCAUGGAGCUUUUCGAUCCCGAGAAAUCCGGCCUUCAACACCCUGGCACUUACAAUAACAACGUAGUCACGAUGUCGGCCGGCAUCGUGGCGUUGGACAUAUACAAUGCGUCAGAGGUGGAAAGACUAAAUGCAUUUGGCGCCGACUUCAAGACAAAGCUCCAGGAAGUUCUCAUUCGUCACCAUCGACUACCUGUGAUGUUUGUCACUGGCCGUGGCAGCAUGUUGAACGUCCGAUUCAGCGGACCUCAUGCGCCAGAACUCAGGGCUUUGUACUACUUCCACAUGCUCGAGAACUACAUUUAUUUAGCUCCUCGAGGCUACACGCCGUUGAACCUGGAGCUCAAGGAUCAGGAUGUGUUGAAGUACUUGGCUGUCUUCGAAAAUUUUAUAGUCAAGUAUAACUCCGUCGUCAAACAUUGA